AUGACCAGUGUGGAGGUGAAAAAAGUAUUGACUACCUUGCUUCGUGAUCCAGAAAAUAACAGAUGUGGUGAUUGUAAAGUUGCAACUCAUCCACGUUGGGCUUCGUGGUCACUGGGUGUUUUCGUGUGCAUUAAAUGUGCAGGGUUUCACAGAUCUAUGGGUACACACAUUAGUAAAGUGAAGAGUGUUGAUUUGGAUACAUGGACCGAGGAACAUUUGGAAGCGGUAUUGGAAUUCGGAAAUAAUAAGAAAUUCAACGAAUAUUACGAGAAUAAACUUGGUGGAGGCACUUACGUACCAGACCAAAGCAAAAUUGGACAAUUUAUUAGGACUAAAUAUGAAUUAAAAAAGUGGGUUGGUGAUGAUCCCAUUGUGGACGUUAAGUCUAGCAAGCAUACUGCUGAAGCUAAAGAUCGUGUGGCCCAGAAAGCAGCGGCAGUGAGAAAUAGUCCUUCUUCAGAUUCGCCUCGCUCCCUAGAUUUGGAUCUGGGGCUGAAUCUGAAUUCUGUGGUUACAGACAAAAACGUACCUCAAAUAUCCUCUGAGAAACCUUCUGCUACAAACACGAAUGUCUACAGACCACCGGAUAGACCAGAUUUAAAGAAAUCCAUUCUUUCACUGUACGCAAAUCGCAAAUCUACGUCUCCCCAUUCGCAAUCACAAUCUCCAUCUCAAUCAUCACUUCACCUUCCUACCAAAAACAUGAGUACUAGCAAUAGUUUAUCAAGCGGAGGAAAGUUGACAUCAAAUCCAUGGGCGGUGCCGCGUGCAGUUGAUGAUAGCAGAAGUGGAUCAAGUUUGUCAUUGGAUGACGAUUUAUUCAAAAAUGUGUGGUCAUAA